AGAGAAGAGAAGUGAACGCUUGUUCCAAACAUGAAAACAAUGAUGGCCAAAUCCUCAAACGAUUCCUCCUUCUCCCUCUCCCGAAGAUAUUUCCACUUCAAAAACAAAGACACUAACCAAGGCGGCAAUGAAGACGACCACCAAGUCCUCACCUUCAACCACCUCACACCCAAACACAAACAUGGUAUCGUUUCCAUCUCCAAGCUCCGGUCUGCCAUCGCGGCUCUCGGGAAGGCCAGAUCAGAUCGGGUGGUGGGGACGAUAUUUGGGCACAGACGAGGGCACGUGCAUUUCUCAGUGCAGCCGAAGAAGGGCGAUUCAAAGCCUACGUUUCUGGUGGAGCUGGCGAUGCCGACCACCGCCCUCGUGCGCGAGAUGGCGUCGGGGGCAGCCCGGAUUGCGUUGGAGUGCGACAGAUGGUCGAAAGGAGAGAUGAGGAAGAAGGCGGUGCUGCAGGAGGAGGCAAUUUGGAGGGCGUAUUGCAAUGGGAAGAAGUAUGGGGUUGCACAAAGGUUCGAGUGUGGGGCUGAGGAGUGGAGGAUUCUUAGAGCUGUUGGGCCCAUCACGGUUGGCGCUGGAGUGUUGCCUGCCAAUGGAGAUGUAGAGGAGGAGGAGGAUGGUGAAGUGAUGUUCAUGAGGGCUAACUUUGAGAGAGUGGUGGGUUCAAGGGAUUCUGAGGCCUUUUACAUGAUCAACCCGGAAGGGGUUGGAGGGCCUGAGCUUAGCAUUUUUCUGCUCAGGGUUUGAUUUUCUUUGUUGGGGUCUUCUUCUUUGAAAUGGUUAUGGAUGAAUGAAUGAGAACCACUUCCUUCCAUGGUGAAGCUUCGUAUGUAAGGUUUUAUUUAUGUGAGAUACACUGCCGGAUUUUGCAACAAU